AUGCCGGCAAACGCGGCUACAGAAAAAAACAUAGCUAAUAGAAAAUUUCAUAGUGAUAGUAUGAAAAGUUUGAAUGAUAACAACAAUAGAAAAAAAGGUGUUGGUGAUAGCGAUACAAUUAUCAAAGUUAAAAGUGUUAUUCCAAGAAAAAGACAGGAGCUCCUGAAAUGGUACGGCUGGGGCUACAAGGACUCCAUGUUCAAACUGCAAGACGGCAAAGCAAUGUUCAUCGGCGACAGAUACUUAAUCGGUGGAAAAUGCCUCCCGCACUUCAUGACUUGGGUGAACGAGAACUUCAAUAUAGACAUAACGAAGCCACCCAAGAUCCCGCCCUUACCGACUUCCUUCACGGAGAGCAGACUGCCGGGGAACAUAAGGGUGGAGUUGGAGAAGAUAGCGUUAGUCAGCGUGGACGGCCUGGACAGAUUGAUCAGGGCGCAUGGGCAGACGCUCAAGGAUAUGUCGUUGCUUAGGAGCAACAGCUUCAAGCGGAUACCCGACGCCGUCAUAUGGCCGGAGAGUCAUGAACAGGUCGUCCAGAUAGUGCAAUGCGCGUCACGCCACCGUUUCGUGGUGAUCCCAUUCGGCGGGGGCACUUCGGUCUCGGGGUCAGUGACUUGCCCGGCGGAUGAAGACAGACCUAUCGUGGCGCUCGACACCAGCGACAUGAACUCCAUACUGUGGAUCGAUAAGGAGCAGCUUCUGGCUAGGGUGCAGGCAGGGAUCGUGGGCCAGGACCUGGAGCGGGAGAUGCGCUCGCGCGGCUUCACGGUCGGCCACGAGCCGGACUCGUACGAGUUCUCCACCCUGGGCGGCUGGGUGGCCACCAGGGCCAGCGGCAUGAAGAAGAACACGUACGGCAACAUCGAGGAGCUGGUCGUGCACACCAAGACGGUGACCCCCACCGGCGUGAUGGAGAAAAGCUGCCGCGUGCCCCGUAUCUCGUGCGGCCCCGACUGGGAGCACGUGGUCAUGGGCUCAGAGGGCUGUCUGGGCGUCGUCACCGAGGUGACCCUGAAGAUCCGCCCGCUGCCUGAGGUGGUGCGCUACGGCUCUCUGGUGUUCCCCGACUGGGAGGCUGGGUUCGAAUUUGAGCGGGAGGUAGCCAGGCUCCGUCUACAGCCAUCUAGCAUAAGGCUAAUGGACAACGAACAGUUCCGCUUCGGCCGCGCCCUGAAGACGGAGACCUCGUGGGGUGGGGUGCUGCUCGACGGCCUGAAGAGGUUCUACGUGACGCGCAUCAGGGGCUUCGAUGCGGAGCGCCUCUGCGUUGUGACGCUGCUGCUAGAGGGCGGAGGGGGGGAGGUGGCGGCGCACGAGCGGCGGCUGAACGCGGUGGCGGCCAAGUACGGGGGGGUCCCCGGCGGCGCGGCGAACGGCGAGGUGGGCUACACGCUCACCUUCGUCAUCGCUUACAUACGGGACCUGGCGCUGGAGUACGACAUCGUGGCGGAGUCGUUCGAGACGUCGGUGCCGUGGGGGCGCACCCUGGCCCUCUGCCGGCGCACCAAGCAGCGGGUGCGCGACGAGUGCGCGCGCAGGGGCAUCACCCACUUCCUCAUCUCCUGCCGCCUCACGCAGACGUACGACGCGGGCUGCUGUAUAUACUUCUACUUCGGGUUCAACACGUCGAGUUGCGAGGACGCGGUUCGCGUGUACGAGGAGAUCGAGCACGCGGCCCGCGAGGAGAUCCUCGCGAGCGGAGGUUCGAUAUCUCACCACCACGGAGUCGGCAAAUUGCGCAAAGAAUGGUACGAGCAGACGGUGAGCGAGCCAGGCCGGCGUCUGCUACUUGCCGCCAAAAAGGCUCUUGACCCGGACAACAUAUUCGCCCUGGGCAACAUGGCGUUCGGCGAGUACACGCCCGACGAGACAUUGAAAAGCAAAUUA